GCUGCUGAACAACGAGGGGUCCUUGCUCGCCUACUCGGGCUACGGGGACACUGAUGCCAGGGUCACCGCGGCCAUCGCCAGCAACAUCUGGGUGGCCUACGACAAGAAUGGGCACCAGGCGUUCAAUGAGGACAACCUCAAAUUCAUCCUCAUGGACUGCAUGGAGGGGCGAGUGGCCAUCACGCGGGUGGCAAACCUGCUGCUGUGCAUGUACGCGAAGGAGACAGUUGGAUUUGGGAUGCUGAAGGCCAAGAGGCUCCUCUGUCCUCCGCGCCAGCCCAGGCACCGCACCACACCUUUUUAA